AUGGAUAACUUUGCCGAAAACAGACUGGGAUAUGGCAAUAUGGCAAGAGUGGAGCAAGAGGGCUCAGCUCAGGCUGUUGAAUCGCAUUCAAAUAACACAGCGAAUGAGGCUAAGGGUGCUCUUGAAGAGGAAUUAAAGGAUGCACUGCGAUUUCGGGAUGAAAGAGUUAGUAUUAUCAAUGCGGAACCUUCUUCGACACUCUUUGUCUUUUGGUUCGUGGUUUCAUGCUAUUUUCCCGUGAUUACUGCCUGUUUGGGUCCCGUUGCUAACACCAUUUCGAUAGCCUGUGUGGUAGAAAAAUGGAGAUCCGUAAGGAACAACUCUGUGGUGACAAAUCCACAGAGCAACGACACGGAUGUUUUGAUGAACCAAGUAAAGACGGUUUUUGAUCCUCCUGGUGUUUUUGCCGUUAAUAUCAUCUCUCUGAUAUUGGGUUUUACGUCGAAUAUUAUCUUGAUGCUACAUUUUGGUAAGAAGUUGACGUACCUUAAAUCUCAGCUAAUCAAUAUCACAGGUUGGACGAUAGCAGGAGGGAUGCUUUUGGUGGACGUAAUUGUAUGUUCCUUGAGUGACAUGCCGAGCAGCUAUAGUAAGACUAUUGGGUUUUGGUUUGCCUGCAUCAGUUCUGGUCUAUAUUUGGUAUGCACCAUUAUCUUGACGAUACAUUUUAUUGGUUAUAAAUUAGGAAAAUAUCCCCCAACGUUUAACCUUUUACCCAAUGAAAGAAGUAUCAUGGCAUACACUGUACUACUGUCUGUAUGGUUGAUUUGGGGAGCGGGUAUGUUCAGCGCUUUGUUGCACAUCACGUACGGAAAUGCACUAUAUUUCUGCACGGUGUCAUUAUUAACCGUGGGACUGGGUGAUAUUUUGCCUAAAUCAGUUGGCGCCAAAAUCAUGGUUUUAAUCUUUUCCCUGUCUGGAGUUGUCUUAAUGGGUUUAAUCGUGUUUAUGACAAGAUCUAUCAUUCAAAAAUCUUCUGGACCAAUUUUCUUUUUCCACAGGGUUGAAAAAGGGAGGUCUAAAUCAUGGAAACGUUAUAUGGAUGGUAAUAAAGCUUUUUCUGAAAGGGAAGCGUUUGAUUUGAUGAAGUGUAUUCGCAGAACAGCCUCGAGAAAGCAGCAUUGGUUUUCAUUGUCGAUGACUGUUGCAAUUUUCAUGGGUUUUUGGUUAUUGGGGGCUCUUGUAUUCAAAUUUGCAGAGAAUUGGUCAUAUUUCAAUUGUAUUUAUUUUUGUUUCUUAUGCUUAUUGACCAUUGGAUACGGUGACUUUGCUCCAAGGACUGGCGCAGGCCGUGCGUUUUUUGUUAUCUGGGCGUUGGGUGCGGUCCCAUUAAUGGGAGCUAUUUUAUCUACGGUGGGUGAUCUGUUGUUUGACAUUUCUACCUCUCUAGACAUUAGGAUCGGUGAAUCACUCAAUAAUAAAGUCAAAUCUAUUGUCUUUAACGGACGUCAAAGAGCGAUUUCCUUUAUGGUGAACACUGGUGAAAUUUUUGAAGAAUCAGACACGGCUGACGGUGAUUUGGAAGAGACUACAACGAGCUCACAGUCUAGUCAAAUUUCAGAGUGCAACGAUGAUACUCCAGAAGAAAAUGGUUCUGGAGUAACAUCCCCGCGGGGAAGCCCGCAAGAAUCAUUUUCUUCAUUGUCAAAAGCAUCUAGUCCAGAGGGAAUACUUCCUCUGGAAUAUGCUUCUUCUGCUGCAUAUUCACUACAGGACUCGGGGACCUUUAAUUUAAGGAACUUGCAAGAGUUACUUAAAGCCGUAAAAAAACUACAUCGGAUAUGCCUAGUGAAUAAAGAUUACACACUUAGUUUUUCUGAUUGGUCUUACAUCCAUAAACUUCAUUUAAGGAACAUUACAGAUAUUGAGGAGUAUACACGAGGACCCGAAUUUUGGAUAUCACCUGAGACGCCUCUCAAGUUCCCCUUAAAUGAACCUCAUUUUGCUUUUAUGAUGCUAUUCAAGAACAUAGAAGAGUUGGUAGCUAAUCUAGUAGAAGACGAAGAACUCUAUAAGGUUAUAAGCAAAAGAAGAUAUUUUGGUGAGCAUAGAAAGACACUUUGA